CUUUUACGCACACGCAAAAUCAAGGAAUUUCAUCCAGGAACUAAAGGGAUUUAGCAUAGGGAGCAAGAAGUCGCCUUGAAGGGAUCCGCCUGAUAGACUGCGAGGUCAUAUGUGAGAAUCUAGGGUCUUCAACUCAGAAUCAAUCUUAAAACGAAACUGAAUAUGUCCGCCACAAGUAACGAUAACAUAAAUGUAGGUCCGCAUAACGUACCGACUCUCAGUGUACAAGAAGUGGUAGAUUCCAAUCAGAAUGUAACAGCUUUUAGCUCGACUAGAGGCAGCGCACAGAUCGAAUGCAAGUCAGGAAUUAUCACUGAGGGAGAAUCCAAAAGUCGACAAAGAAGCGGGCGAAGCCAGCAAUCGAGUGCUAAAUCUAAAAGGGCAGGUACAGGCAAAAGCAAGCUGAUCCCAGUCCCCACUCCAGCUAAGGACACUUCCAAAGAACAGAUUGGCUCAGAUGCGGAAGCUGGGGAGAACAGUGAUUAUGAUACAGAUCUGGAAUUCGAAGAACCUCGUCUAGAAUACGACCCAACAGGUCGAAAGGCAUACCGGGAUGCUUGUUCUCAACUCGGUAUCAUCCCAGUCUCCUUUGUCAUCGAGCACAUCACAAGAGAGGAAAUUAACAUUAAACACCACGGCCUGGGUCCAACUGGAGCCCAAGCCAUCGCAGCUGCACUCAUGCGAAACACGAAAACGAUGAAACUAAAUCUAAGAGACUGCGCAAUAGAACCAGAAGGCAGUAUACACAUCGCCAGAUUACUACGAGAAAAUUUUUACAUCACUGAGCUGGACCUUGCUGAGAACAAAAUCAAAAGCCCUGGCGCGAAAGCUAUAGCUGAAGUGCUUAAUGAUAACAACACCAUAAAAACCCUGAACUUAUCUUGGAGCGAGUUCAAAGACAAAGACGCCGCUUGUCUGGCAGAAGGAAUUCGAGUAAACCAAACUCUGGUGUGGCUCGAUUUGAGUCAUAACAACUUUUGUGAAGAAGCCGGAGUGUUACUCGGACCCGCCAUUGAUGCGAAUGGUGGAUUAGAAUAUCUCAACCUUAGCUGGAAUCAUCUACGAGGAAAGGGUGGCAUUGCUAUCGGCAGAGGACUCCGCGCCAACUGCAGCCUGAAGACACUCAACCUGUCUUGGAACGGGUUUGCCGAUGAAGGUGCAGCCGCAGUUGGAGAAUCACUAAAAGCAAAUAACACACUGACUGACUUAGAUCUGACUAACAACCGGAUUUCCACUCAAGGUGCUCUGGCACUCAGUAAAGGAAUUCAAGUCAACAACACUUUGAAGAUAUUAAGAAUUGGAAUGAAUCCCUUACAAAAUGCUGGUGCUUUAGGCCUCCUCACAGCCAUGAAGAACAACCUCGAUACAGCGUUAGAAAAAAUUUUGCUCAACAGUGUUGUGGUUACCUUAGAGACCCAGGCCCUCGUAGAGCUCCUUUUGGGUCAACAUCCGGGACUCACUAUUACCUGCACUUUUAGUAAACGCUCUGGAAACCUAUCGGAGGAACUUGACAGUCUUUACGGAAAAAACAAGAAGAACGACUUGAUCUAUAUUCUCAAGCGAUACGUCGAAGAGAAGAAUUAUAGGUUGGUGGACUUGUUCAACCAGUUUGACAAGGACAAUAGCUUAUCGGUGACCAGAGAGGAAUUUCGGCAGGGGCUAAAAGGCAUAGGUGUGCCCAUGACCGAUGAUCAGCUGACCGCAUUGAUUGACAUGUUGGAUGACGACGGGGACGGUGAAAUUGAUUACGGUGAAUUCACGUGGAUAAAUGAAGUAGAAUAAAUGACCUGCUAGUUAAAUAUGCUCACGGAAGCGUGUCUCGAGUAAGAUUCUCAGAAUGGAAAGAAAUGAUGAAUGUACGAAGAAGUUAUUUUGAAAUUGUAAGUGCAGAUCACGGAACGGUAAGGCGAGAACAUCCUCAGAGA